AUGUCUUCCAACACCAAGGCCAACAACACCUUCUCCGCGACCAACGUCUUCAGCGGGUCGCACGUCGAAGAGUGGGCUUUGUCUAUGCUCCAUUACUGCCGUUCUGAGGGCUGUGGUAUCGCGCUCAAGCCGAGGCCCGUCGCUCUCGCUACGGGCUCCGACGAGGCCAAGGCCGAGAGGGACAAGGAGAUCAAGGAGUGGGACGCGAAGGACAUGCAAGCCAGGGGGAAGAUCGGUUUCAAGGUCGACCCCCACGUCUGGGCCAAGGUCGAAGAGGCAGGAAACAGUACGACGACCUCUGUCAAAACGGCGUCGGAAAUCCUCGCCUUCCUCAAAGCCGAGUACGGCGUCCAGAAGCGCGGCGUCACAGAGGCCUUCGUCAAGAUGGGCAAACUGCUCCGUACCGACGGUACCGUGCACUUCGCACAGUCCGCCGACCGCUAUGCCCCUGUUGACCAGCGAGAAUAUUUCCCCGCUCCCAGGGAAUUGCCACCGCCGCCGCCGAUGCAGGAAUCAGUCCGGGAUCCGCACCUCCUGGCCAACCAGUCGGGACAGCGGUUCCAGGGAACUGGCGCGCCGAACAACUUCGGCAUCCAUCAGGCGCUUGACCGCGCACGAGAAACGGCUAGCCUUCACGGCUCGAUACGCCCACUCAUCGAGGAUGUCCGGACUGAGGUUCAACGCGAGAUGCUCGAAGAGCGUCUGAGAGAGGAACCAUCGAUGGAGAUUGCCGAAACGCCGCAAGGCAGUCCGACUCCGACCGAACGGCCAGUUCAGAAGCCAAUAGCUCCCGAGGUGUCUCGCCAGAGACUACAAGCCAGGUUGGGCCCCAAACCCCUCAGCCGCCGACUGGGGUCUCAACAACACCCCGCUACCACCGGUACCAGCACCCGCGCCGAUACCGGUUCAUCCGCCGAGCCCGACGUCAACGAUCUCGAGUUCGGAUCAGUCGCCGAUGGACUACCAUACGGCACUGAAUUCCUCACUGGCCCCGUCAGCCUCGAGUCAGAGCUACCACUCAGCUCCUCGGAACCAGACGUUCUUCGGUCUACCUCCCAGCGACGAGUCGAGCGGAUACGAGAGCGCCGAGAGAUUACCUCCGCCUCAACGCCCGGCCACGCCGGAACCCACCUCGCCGAGCGAAUCAGCGGAGACACUCGUGGACCCGCCCUCCAGCCCGUUGCCGAACUUCCACUGCAACAUCUGCAGGGGAAUGUACUGCGACAUGCCGGGCGCCCACGUCACGCUCAGCUUCGGCCUGCGACUCAGUCCAGAAGAAAUUUGACAAGUCCGGAUCGUCGACGGGAUACCAGUCAACUCCCCGAUGAUGGACCGACUAAUGGACACAGCGCAGGAGCUAGGGGUACCAAGAGAAAUCUUGGAGGCAUCGCCGAGGAGACAGGAGGAAUGGAUGAGGGAGCUCGCCGAGGUUCGCCGAAGAGGCGCCUGGCAGGAGCUCCUGGAAGCGGACCCACAAGGCCCGACGUUGUACCAUCCCGCCGCAAUACUCCGCCACGGGCCGCAACGCCUAGGCGCAGUUCGCCGAUGGCGCCUGGAAGUUCACCGCGAGAACGCUCCACGACUACGACGGAUGGAGCGACGAGGGAGGAGUAA